AUUAAAAACUUAUGGGACAUUGUGCCAGCUGUUCCUGGGGAUAGAUUUCUGAGCAUGCUGCCGCCUUGGCAUGCAUAUGAACGAGCUUGUGAGUAUUUCAUAUUUACUCUUGGAAUUGAGCACGUAUAUACUACAGUCAAGAACCUAAGGGAUGAUUUGCGCCGAUACCAACCUCAUUAUGUUAUUUCUGUUCCCUUGGUAUAUGAAACACUUUACAGUGCGAUCCAGAAGCAGAUCAAAACUAGUUCAGCUGUUCAACUUGUUGCUCUUUUAUUCUUAAAGAUCAGUUUCACAUACAUGGAGGCAAGAAGAAUUUAUGAGGGGAAAUGUCUGACCAGAAAUCUUGAACAACCUUCCCACAUUUCUGCAGUGUUUGACUGGUUAUGGGCAAGGAUCAUUGUUUUAAUAUUGUGGCCACUACAUAUAUUAGCAAAUAAAAUUGUCUAUAGCAAAAUUCAAUCCGCGGUUGGAAUUUCAAAGGCUGGUAUAAGUGGAGGCGGCAGCUUGCCCCCACAUGUUGACAGGUUCUUUGAGGCUAUUGGAGUAAAAGUUCAAAAUGGAUAUGGCCUAACAGAAUCAUCUCCUGUGGUAGCAGCUCGAAGACUAAACUGUAACGUUCUUGGUUCAAUCGGACAUCCUCUUAAGCAUACAGAAAUAGAAGUGUUUGAUCCUGAAACAGAUGUCGUUCUCCCUUAUGGAUCAAAAGGCAUUGUCAAAGUAAGGGGUCCGCAAGUGAUGAAGGGUUAUUACAAGAAUCCCUCCGCGACAAAAAAAGCUAUAGAUGAAGAUGGCUGGCUGAAUACUGGGGAUAUUGGCUGGAUCUGUCCUCCUCAUUCUAGAGGACGAAGUCGUCAAUCUGGUGGGGUUAUUGUUCUAGAAGGACGUGCAAAAGAUACAAUAGUCCUUUUGACAGGUGAGAAUGUGGAGCCGGCAGAGAUUGAAGAAGCUGCUCUUAGAAGUAGCCUUAUUCAACAGAUUGUCGUCAUUGGCCAGGAUCAACGACGACUUGGAGCUAUCAUUGUCCCAAACAAAGAAGAAAUCCUAUCACAAGCUAAAAGGUUGGCUAUGGUGGAACCUGAUGUUGCAGAGCUUAGCAAGCAGAAACAGACUAAUCUACUGCAUGAGGAGUUGAGAAAAUGGACCUCGGACUGUUCGUUUCAAGUUGGACCAAUCCUGGUGGUUGAUGAUCCUUUCACGAUUGAUAGUGGUUUAAUGACUCCUACCAUGAAAAUUCGAAGAGAUCGUGUCGUGUCUUUGUACCAAGAGCAGAUCGACAACUUGUACAAAGGAAUUGUCUAAUAGACGUUGGUUUUGUGUGUGUCUGUCUGUGUGUGUGUGUGUGAGAGAGAGAGAGAGAGAGACUUUAGCCUUCUGGUAGUUAGAAUUAAGAGGGAAGAAGAAUCCUAUACAUAAUCACAAGAAUUUGUAAGAAAUAAAAUUUAUUUUAUAUGUUUCUGCUGCAAAGUAUGUUUGCGAGUAUCAUAGUAAAGACUAUUUAUCCAGAAUAAA